UUAGAGUUAAAGGAAGGAUGCUCAGUGGAAUUUGAUAAACUGGAAAUUUAAAGAUGCCAUGUUCCUGCAAAACAAACAAAGCUAUGCUAACUUUGUGUUAUUCAAAUGUUCCAUGAAAAUCCUGUUUAGUAUUUCAAUGCAGGAUAAACAUGUGGUGGAUUCAGAGUACAGUCACACACAGUGCCCGUGGUGCUCAUGGUCCCAGGCAGGUAACAACAGGUGUAGCAGAGAUGAGUUUACAUGUAAGUUGAUGAUGCUGAGGUUCAUCCCCACUUGCUGAAUCCACUGUGACCCCUGACUGUGCUCAUGUUACUGUGUAGGUCUGGAGGUGAAGUCACCCUCCACCAUCAAGGCAACACAAUCGGUUUUACAUUCUCUGUCACUGCAGGUGUUCUACACAACAGACUCAUGCUGAGUACAUUCAUUACAAUUAGAAUGUGCUUUUGUGUUGAAAUACUAACAAAGCACAAGGUUCAGUUACUUGUAUACAAACAUGGUUAGUAGCAGAGUACUUUUUCACUUUUACUUGAGUAAAGGAGUUUCUUCAUUACUUCACGUUUUACUGGAGUACUUUUAAACACAGGUAUCUGUACUUCUACUUAAGUAAAGAAAGUCUCCUGUAGGUGUGAGGAGCUCCAUCAGGGUAGAUGAAGGAACAGCACCGUCCACAUACUUCUGCACAACUUGAAACUUCUUCUUCUCUGGUUUAAUUGUUGUUUUCACGCUGUGACGUCACGUUAGAGCAGCCGCAGCGUUGAAAAAGCUCAGUCCUUCAUCCUGAGCUCUCAUCAUCGUCAUGAUGUUCAGCCCCUCCUCUCCAGGUUUGUGGCUGAAGGUGACGUGAGUCACUCGGAUCACCUUCCAGGUAGUCUCGUCACCUGCUUCUCAUUCUGCUGCUUCGUCACGGUGACGUCAGCACGCAGGACGUGAGGGGGCUUUAAAGGAGGAGGGGGGGCCGGGAUUCCUGAGGAUUACCCGUCAUGCCCCGCGGGUAAAGAUGGCGACAGCUGAGCAGGGCAGCGGAUCAACUUUCUUGGAGCGGCUCUGAGCGGAUUUCCUUCCGCGGACGGAGCGUCUUAGCCGGCCUCAACCCGACCCACUGCCCUGAGCUCCAGCGCGGACCUCGGCGCUGCUGUCCGGCCUCGGAUCGGUCCGGAGCCCCCUCCCUUGGCUCUCCUGCUCCUCCGGAGGAGCGGAGCUCGGACAAAGUUUCCUCUCCUCCCCGGGACCGAGCGGCGCGGACGGGGCCUCAGGUAGUGAGGGACACUCUCCGUCAUUUGUGUUGUUGUUGGAGUGACCAGAGGAGGAGGCGGAGCUCACAGUUGACUGAGACACCAUCUGUCCUCGCUGUCUCAUGAGGAGAAUUGGACAUGCUCUGCCGCUCGCAGGACACAUGAGCCACAGAGCUCACCUGCUCAGGUACUUUCAGGCAGCGUGAGGGUUGCACGCCGGCAGGAGGAGGAUCUGUGUGUGCGGACAUACAAGGCUGGAUCGUCCUGUGGAUGACCUCCUCUCGGGACUCGCUCAUCCUUCAGGACUGACAGACCGACACGAAGUUACACAGGAAGGAAGCACGGCCUAGGAUGGCGAGUGCGGCGCCGGCCAGGAAGCCGUACCGUAAGGCUCCACCGCAGCACCGCGAGUCACGCCACGCCCUGCCCACUGCUCCGCCGCCACCUGCACCGCAGCCCGACAUCAAUCAGGAGGCGUUGUCGGACUCGGACAGGAUCAGAAUCCUUCAGCAGCAGAAUGAGGACCUGCGGCGCCGCCUCUCUCUCACCACCCACAAGAUGGAGGCCAUGGAGGCGGAGUUUGACAGCAACCGCCACUACAUGGAGGCGGAGCUUAGCCGGACUCGAGACGACCUGGACAAGAUGAGAGACAAGUUCCGCAGACUCCAGAACAGUUACACAGCGUCUCAGAGAGCCAAUCAGGAUCUGGAGGAGAAACUUCACGCUCUGGCUGCUGUCAGUCAGACAUGGGUUCAUGCACUGCGGAAGGUGGAGAGGGACAAGAACACGAUGGACCAGGAGAUCGUGCAGCUCACCAACAAACUGCUGGAGGCUAAAAACACAAUCGACCAUCUGGAGGAGCUCAACGAGCGCUACAGGCAGGACUGUAAUUUGGCCGUUCAGCUGCUCAAGUGCAACAAGUCGCACUUCAGGAACCACAAAUUUGCUGAUCUGCCCUCAGAGCUUCAGGACAUGCUGAACAAACACAUGAAGAGCAGUCUCCCAGAGCGAGGCCCCGCCCCCAGCUCUCAGGACACAGACACGCUCAGUUUGACGCCCGCCGACGUCGUGCCGACCUCGGUCAUCGCCCGUGUCCUAGAGAAACCCGAGCCGCUGGUCCUGAACUCUGCCCAGUCCAGCAGCUGCGGCCGGCCCGUCGCCGAAGACGUCUUCGUGCACGUGGACAUGACGGGCCCCGGGGGGUCAGAGGGGCGAGGCCGGGAGAACGGUGCCGGUCAGGAGGCGUCGCAGCAGAACGGCUCGUGUCGCAGUCAAAGCAGCUUGGAUGAAGAGGCAGGUGGAGCUCCAUCUUUCGAGAAGCUGAACCCGUACCCGGCGCCACCUCCACCCCACCCCCUCUACCCCGGGCGCAAGGUCAUCGAGUUCUCGUCGGACGACAAAGUGAAGAUCCCGAAAAACUCGCCGCUGCCCAACUGCACAUACGCCACGAGGCAGGCCAUCUCGCUGAGCCUCGUGCAGAAUGACGACGAGCGGUUGGCACCUGGCAGCCCCGCCCCCUCCUCCUCCUCUGGAGCCCAACAGCGCACGCCACCAUCACAGAGAGACGCCCCCAGCGAGCCGCUGUCCAGCCAGUCCAGCCCAUUCAGCAGCCCGCCUCAGGCACCCAGUGUCCUCGCGAGCUCUGGCAGCUCUGAGGAAGACCUGAUCGCCAACUGGCAGCGGAUGUUCGUGGAGAAGAUGGCGCCGUCCAGCGACGGCACGCUGCUGCACCGCACAUCCUUCAGUAGCCAGACGGCUCAGGAGCUGCAGAGGAGGAGGCAGGUGGCGGUGGGAGUGGGAGUGGCCUCCUCCUCAGACCGGCACAGGACGGCGUACUCUGAUGGUGAGGAGGGCUCGUCGGCACGCAGCUGGACACCGAGCCGCGGCUCCAGCCUUGACACAGACACCGACACCGAGCAGCGGGUGGGGAGGCGGGGCUGUUACGGCGGCAGGGACUGUUCGGAGGAGGAGGGAGAGCAGCUGCUGAUGAACCUGGAUGAUGACGGCGGGAGCGGGGACACUGCAGUCACCGUGGUGACCAGCCCCGGUGACGCCCGCAGGGAGCUGGAGGAGGAGGGCGAGAGCUCAGGGGAGGAUAGAGACAUCCUGCCCCACGAACUGCCCGUCAUCUCAACCCGUCUAAUGGACUUGGACCCCGCCCUUGGUGCCAUCGCGCUGCAUCGGCCCCAGAAGAGCCCGAAGAGGAUGGGAGUGCACCACCUGCACCGGAAAGACAGCCUGACCCGCGCCCAGGAGCAAGGCACACUGCUGGACUGAUGCUUGCUCGCCCCGCACUGUGCUCCACUGACCUGAUGCUGAGGUCAGAGGUCACACCCAUCCAGGAUAUAGCCAUACUCUACCGUAUGCCGAGCUCGCCGCCCGACCCGGGUGUGUGCGUGAGACACGAAUCACUGUCCACAUACUUUUGGUCUGAUGACGUGUCGAGAGUGGUGAUGAUGUAGCAGAGAGGAGACAUGGCCAGAAGUAUGUGGACACGUCAAUCGUAACAUUUGGCAAACCGUGUGCACGUGUGCGGGCGUCGUUCACUAACAAUGCGUCCACACAAAUCUGUGAUUUCUGUUUUUGUACCCGAAUCCGUACGCGCAGUCAGAGAACGCUGCAGCGUCCACGUCACAUAUUCAGCACUCCCAUUAGCCUGACCGUCACUUGGUUUGUUUACGUUUGAACCGUGGUCGCUCCCGUGGAAACACUGUGGAAAGCUCCGCCUCUUCUGGCCUCCUUGGACACUAUUAUUCAAGUUUCCUUUUCUUCGCCUUAGACACGUAAGCGUGUGUCCUUGGAUAGAGAAAUGGGGGCGGGGCCAUAUGUGGAUAGUAUGCUAAUUAUAUUGCAAUUGCGCAGGGCUGGUUAACGGAUUAACGGCCGGUACGCAUGUGAAUCCAGCUGUAAUAUGGCGCCGUUUAAGAACGUUUCCACGCAAAUAUUGGUGAAUGAGGCCAAUAGAGUUCUGAUCAGCUGAUUAUCAAUCAAUCAUCAGAUAAUGUCCAUCCGUAUGUGGACAGCCUAAACCGAAGUUUGACGUUUCUGUGAAUUUGGAAAAGAAAUACUUUUGACUGGUUGGUUCUCCACGAAGGUGUCCGCAUAUUUAUGUCCAUAUGGCGUCUUUGAUUCUGAGUCUGCAUAUAGAGUUUAUACAGUAUGAGCAAAAGUAUGUGGACAAUUAAAGGUUCAGUUAAAUUCUGAACAAUCAACAUUCAAAACCACGUCGUGUGUGUGUGUGUGUCAGAGCAGAAAAACAGAUUUUAAAAGCAAAACUUUUAUUUUGAAGAGACACACACAGACAGUGCCUCGCUCGCCCUCAGUCCCUCACUCUCUCACUCCAUGGUUGUGAGUGUGACACCGGGCACACUAAGUCUUUUUACUAAGACUUAUUUUGAAGUCUGUACUAAUCAUUGAUUUCCUGUUGUUUAGUCAGCUGAUGGAUUUGUUGUGGAGCUGCAGACUGAGGUUUGACCUUUGACCCAGAUUCACCUCUGCCCCCUCGAACACCCAGCCUGUGGGUUGGGGGCGGGGCUUCUUCUCAACUCACACCUGGAAUGUACCAGUUUUGUUUUUUUGCUGUCAUGUUUUUGGUUUUUUUGUUGUGAAAUAUUGAGUAUUGAUCUGUUAUUAGUUUUAUUGUUUGCCGUUUAUAGAUUUGUGAUUUUUGAUUUCCCCCCCCCCCUCCCCCACCCCCUGGUCAGUUUGUGCUUUUGUCGUGCGUCUACAGAAGCCUGUCGGUGCCAGAAAUGCUCAGUUUCAUUUAAAUGAUGAUUGAAAACAAAAACUCUACUGAUAUUCCUUUAAAUAGCAAACUGAUUCCUACAAAAUAAAAGCCUCUAUAGUGGGGGAAAUUGGGGUUAAAACAGAAAUCAAAGAAUCUGUUUGACUUCCUGCAGUGCCCCCGGUGGCCUGGAGGAGUUUAUAUUUGUGGCACCUGUGAGCCUCCGUACCUGACCUCACUCUGUUCUUCUUCUGAUUGAAUGUCAGCUCGUUGCCUCCUCACAGCUCUGAUUGUCACUCCCACCGAGGCCCGACGUUGGGUCAUCGAUUGGUCCCGCCUCUCUGACUAACGGAGGUGAUCGAUCAUUGGACGGAUUAAUGGUGGAAUGUUCAGGGGCUUUUUUCAGGUUUCCUGCAGAGAAAACUAUUUACAGAAACGGGAGCUGCUCACAGUUUUCAGCCGCUUUCACGGGACGUGAUGUCACAGCGGAGAGCGCUGCAGCCGCUGACAAGUUAAAGCUAGGCCGCUCACUGAUGUGGUGGGAAGGUCGAGUUGUGGUUGUGGCGUAGCGACAAUCGACUGUUUGAUGAGUUUCAGCGCUUUCUGAGAUGUAAACUGCCCGUGUGCAUGCUACGUGACAUUUACACACCUGUGCGUAUGUCUGAAACUUAACGGACUAAACGCUGUGCGAGCAUUAUGAACAAUGCACACCGACAAUUAUCUGAAGUGACAGCAGGGAAGUUCACGCCUCCCUCCUCCUCUGGGGAAACGUCGAGGAGUUCAUGUUGACGUUUAUGGCAUUUCUCAACAGCGAUGCGCCACCUGGUGGCAGAUGGCUGCAUAAUAUUUAGGACACAAUCAAUUACCGCCAUUGGUCAAUUUAAAUUUUACCAACUGGAUUAACUCGUACGUCUGGUAACGACUAGUGACAGUAGCGACCACGCAGUGACCGCAUGUGAGGUCAGAUGUGCCCGCUGCUGUAACUCACAGUUCAAACAGGAAGUGAGGCAUCUUGGUCCAACCGUGGCGUCGUGGGACUGAGGUUUUUUUUGGGUUUUUUUGUUUGUUUGUUUUUUUAAUCGUAACUUUGACGAUGUGAAUCAGCACGCGAUGUCUCGCUGAAGGACGCCAUCUCUGUUUGACCUCACAACAUGCUACAUCUGCCCCAUUAUACACCGUGAUGAUGUCACAGUGAUGUAGUUUUCAGAUUGUUAGUUGACAGAUGGUGGGAAACAGACCAAAAGAGUACGCACUGAUUCAGUUGAAAUUAAACAGCAGAAAAAGUAAACGAAUCCGCACCAAACGUCACGCCGGAGCAUCGAACCCUGAGCGUGUCCAGGUGGACUGUGUGUGUGUUUGGGGGGGGUCGUAUUGAUAGAGACUUGAGGUGUUUGUGAGGACAUUUCAGGCAUUUUUCCAGUGGAAACACUGAGGUGAAGGUGGGCGGGGCUUCCUGCUCAGACUGCAGGUGAAUAAAACAUAGACAAGCGGAGCGAGCAGCUCAAAGCUGCGAGCUGAUGAAACAUUUAAACCUUUUUUUCCUUUUGCGAGUCCUUCAUCCUGCAGACAUGUCGUCCUCCUGCUGGAGUCGUCAGCUGCUGUUAAAUUAUUCACCUUUUUUCCGUCUCGCUAAUAUUUCUGUGUGUGUGUGUGUGUGUGUGAGACUGUGAGGAAUGAGGUCACUGAGACUUUCCAAACAGACCAGGUUUCAGGGUCGGAGUCCUGGUACCGUUUACCUGGUACAAAACCAAAAGGUAGGUGUGUGUGUCAGUGUGAGAGAGAGAGAGAGAGAGAGAGAGAGAGAGAGUAUAAAUAGAUGAUACAUGAGGACUCGUACAUCUUUAAUGAUGCGACUUGUUGGAGCAAUGACAUCACUCUGCUUGUUUUACCCUUCACAUUAAAACACUUCACAGCGUCAGUGUGUUGUAGCCUUUAGUUAAUGCUUUUAUUCUGAAAAGUAUUAACUAAAGAGGUAGGAAACGGUGAUGAACGACUCUGGUGAUCUAAGGUCAGACUGAAGUGGUGUUUUUCUUGUCUGCUUCCUGUUUAAAGUGACUCUGUGUCCCAGCAUGCAUCAGAGAAACAUGCAAGUGUUCGCGUCAGUGGGUCCUUGAUUUCCAGGCCCCGUGACAGCGGCGAGCAGCUCCUGUUGUCGUGUUCGUCUGAUGUUUUUGGAAGCUCCGUUAUCAGUGCUUGCUAACGUGUGCUGUUGCGCUGUUAUGCGUCUCCUUUUACAGAGUAGAUGAUUUUUAAAAAAUGGCGUUGAUGAGUCAGAUCCUGUUUGGAAGCCUCUGUAUUAGUUGGCUCACCUGUGCAGGUGGAGCUGGGCGGCCUCACUGUUGGCGCUAAAAAGGUAAACACACGUUUCUACUGUAUUUUCUUUUUUCGUUCUGUUUCGAUGUGUCUGCACCAAGCCGACACCAUCAUGGCUGCGGGCGGACGGACGGACGGGCGGGGGGCUUAUGUGAAGACGACAUGGAGUCACCCGAGGACCGACAAACGGUAACUAGUGGGGGAGUGUCUGAUUGUAAUCCCGCCCCUUACGCUCUCCCCCCAACGGGUGCUGUCUGAGGUCACGACCUCUGACCCCAGGCGCGGUGUUUUCGGGGUCAGCUGGGUGGUUUCCUGUCCUUGCCGCGUCUCGCCUGGCGGACAGAAACGGACUGUUAAUCUCUGACGAUUUUAUUUUCUCAGUUUGUAAACAAUGUAUAUUUUAAAGCUAAUAAAAUAUUUUAAACAAA